AUUUUAAGCACCAUUAAGUAUUGUUUAGGCAUUAAUUAAUCUUCUUGUUUUUUUAGUAAGUUUUAUAAUAAGGUCCAUAUUGCUACGAUAAUUGGGCUUGUUCUUCAUAGUUAAGAAAAACUGAAAAACAAUGAUUUAUAUUUGCUUUAUUACCCCUCCCAAGUCCCAACUAAAAAACUUUACUAUGUAAAUAUAUAUUUGUAUAUAUUUAUAUGGUAACUAAUUUCUAUAAGUGUGUAAGAUUUAGAUACAGUAAAUAAAUUUAAAAGAUACAGUAAAUAUCUCGUCUUAUAUACAGUCAUUUAAUCGUUUUGUUUGUUUUGGAAAAUAGAUUUGAUUAGAUUUUGAUUGAUAGAUUUCGUUAAUUCGUCUAAUUUAAGAUUUGACAUCUUAAAUUUUAAGAACAAAAAACAAACGACGAUUGAAUUGCCAGUGGUGGAUGAAACUCGUCAAAAUGCUUAUUGAGUUCCUUUUAUUAGGAAGUACUGAUGUAUCAAUGUACUAUCCACUUGUUAAAAUAGCGUACAUUAAUGCAUUUGGAUUUUCAUAUUCCCUAUUGGAAAAGAAAAAACGUGUUUUCCCAUACUUAAUACCAUAAGUAAAUCAUAAUACUAGAUGGCUUUAAAUUACCACUUUUUAAGGGAUAUAUAUAAUAGUAGAUCUUUUUCACUACGGUUAUUAUCAUAUUAACAUCUCACUGUUAGAUCAUUCUUAAAGGCUCGCUUCAUCUUCCUACCGAGGAAAGGUAAUGAUGUUUGCCAAGAAAACAGAACAGAAGUUCGGAUGCUAUUGUAAUGUUUUUGCUGUUUGGUCUCGUUCUUCAAGAUGGCAAAAAGCUUCAAAGUGCAAACUCCAUAUCCAGAAUCUGCUAUGUUCUGUCAAGGUGCAACGAACACGAACAGAGUGUAUGGCUAGACAGUCCCGGUCCGACAUUGCUCAACUCGCUCCUUACGGCCGCUUUCGUGAAGCACUUCCUAAGGCGAAGCAGUUCUAUGAAGAUGAGAGAAGGCUAUUAGCUUACGAUCAGGUCAAGUACUUCUGCACAUCUGUAUUGCAGAGUUUUUCUCCUCUACUUAAUCAAAACGAUGUUCACCUCUUACCGGAUGAAACGAAAGAAUCAAUGGCCGGACUGAUAUUUGCCGCAUCAAGAAUCGGGGAGCUUAAGGAGCUACAAAUCAUAAGGAGCUUGUUCGUUCAAAGAUUUGGGCAGAAGUUUGACAAAGAUAGCGUAGAUUUGCGUCCAGGUAACCUAGUGAGCUCGGAGAUAGUUAAGAUUCUAGACACGACUACGCCGCAAGAUGCAAUUACUCCAGAGAUCAUAAUGGCAAUUUCACAAAAGUACCAAACCGACUUCAUUACUUCCGUGGAUUCAAUAACUGAAGAUUCAGCUUCACUUAAUAAUCUUGGCAAUGCUGAUUCUGAUACGCUUGCAAGGAGAAAGAAAGUCACGAAGGAGAAUCCAAAGUGUCUGCAUACAGAUCGUGGAGAGUCUCAAGAAAGAGAUCGGUCAAAGUUCAUGAGAUAAAAGUUUGAUUGUGAUUGUGGUUUUGCUUUGAUGUUUCCACUAAAAACUCAUGUAUUGUUGAUAGUAAAACUACUAAUAGAACAAAAAUAAUCUUUUUUAUUUUUAAUUAGUUUUAGAAUUUAGUAUGUUUUGUCUUGCUUAUAACUUAUCUGGUGAUAUCAUACAUCUAUACUAAUAAAAGGGACCUUUUGAGGCUCCAUAGAGCGUCCACAUCAGCAAAAAAA